AUGGCAAUGGUAUCAGAGUUCCUCAAGCAGGCCUGGUUCAUUGAUAAUCAAGAGCAGGAAUACCUCCAAACUGUUAAAACAUCCAAAGGUGGUCCUGGGUCAGCAGUGUACCCCUUUCCCGGCUUCAAUCCAUCCUCAGAUGUUGCUGCCUUGGAUAAAGCACUAACAGUUAAAGGUGUGGAUGAAGCAACCAUCAUUGACAUUCUAACUAAGAGAACCAAUGCCCAGCGCCAACAAAUCAAAGCAGCUUACCUCCAGGAGAAAGGAAAGCCCUUGGAUGAAGUUCUGCGGAAGGCCCUGAGAGGUCACCUUGAGGAAGUUGCUUUGGCUCUACUGAAAACUCCAGCCCAGUAUGAUGCGGAAGAACUUCGGGCUGCCAUGAAGGGCCUUGGAACUGAUGAAGACACCCUGAAUGAAAUUUUGGCAUCAAGAACUAACAGAGAAAUCAGAGAAAUUAACAGAGUCUAUAGGGAAGAAUUGAAGAGAGACCUGGCUAAAGACAUCACCUCAGACACCUCUGGAGAUUACCGGACGGCUCUGCUCACUCUGGCUAAGGGUGACCGGGCUGAGGACUUUUCCUUAAAUGAGGACAUGGCUGAUUCAGAUGCCAGGGCAUUAUAUGAAGCAGGAGAAAAGAGAAAAGGGACAGAUGUGAAUGUGUUCACUACCAUUCUUACCGGCAGGAGCUAUCCCCACCUUCGCAGAGUGUUUCAGAAGUACACCAAGUACAGUAAGCAUGACAUGACCAAAGUCCUGGACCUGGAGAUGAAAGGUGACAUCGAGAAAUGCUUCACCACUAUCGUGAAGUGUGCCACAAACAAACCAAUGUACUUUGCUGAGAAGCUUCAUCAGGCCAUGAAGGGUGUUGGAACACGUCAUAAGAUAUUGACCAGGAUUAUGGUUUCCCGUUCUGAAAUCGACAUGAAUGACAUCAAAGCAUGCUAUCAGAAGUUGUAUGGUGUCCCUCUCUGCCAAGCCAUCAUGGAUGAUACCAAAGGAGACUAUGAAAAAAUCCUGGUGUCUCUCUGCAGAGGACAGUAA